CAAAAUGGCGGACGUAGAGGAAAAGGAAAAUUUUAUAGCUAGCGCGACUCACAAAAAGCCAAAACAGAGCGCAAGUCUUGUUACGGAUGUGCUUUUGAAGUCUGCUCGUUUAGAGAAGGAAGACAUAAACUCAUGUGUUAAGAAAACAUUGCAGAAAGCAGAGGAAGUGAAGGCAGAGGUCCUUCAGGCAAUAUACAAGGAAUACACAUUUGAUGAAUUUUUAGACUUCUGUAAUUCAACCUUUGAAAUGAACUGGAAUGUGAACAACCUUCUCACUGAAAUUCAAAAUGUUUUUGGCAGACUGAAGAGCACAGUGGAAGGUCCUCUUGAUGCUGCUGCUCAUGAACAUGGUGACCUUGUGAAACAAUUAAGAGAGACUGAAGCCAUUGCAGAGCUCCUCAAAAGACUCCAUAAGAUCCAUGAAGCAUUGGAUGCCUUCCCUGGGGAGCUUAAUAAAGCUGCAUAUUAUAACGCAGCUAAGCUUGUGCAAUCUGUGAAAGAACUCCUGUCUGAUUUACCUAAAGCUGGCCAGGAAGGACGGAUUUUUAUUGCCCUCAGAGAGGAAUGGGGAAGACAGAAGGCACAGCUGACUGCAACACUGGAAAGGGUGUGGACCAAAAGUAUUGCAUGGACGACACCCACUACAGCAUCACUGGACAACAGUCAGGGACAUCUGAAAACACAACUCAAGCUGGACCCAACUGGCUGUUCAAUGAGUAAUGUUCUUCAAGCAAUGGAAGUAAGUUUGAUCUUAAUGACUACUGACGUUGAUAUCAAGGCUCUGUUGACUUUACAAACUAAGGCAUUUUUAAAUUAUUUUGUUUGUUUUGUAAAUGUAGGAAAGAAGCUGGUGCAGUUCAUAUUUCGUCCCAUAACACUGUUUCCCAGCUUAAAGCCACAAGUUGACAAAACAAAACAAGAAAUUACAACUGUGUCAUUUGCAAAGGAAAGUGGAAAAAAGAUCAUUGAUCCUGCCUUGUUGUAUUCAAAGUUCUCAGAAAUCCUUGUCAUUUUGAGAAACUUCUUUGAAGGAAGUAGGAAAGAAGAUGAUGAAAUGUCAGAGGAACUUAAUGUGUCAAGUUCAUCACUUUUUGCGAAACUAGGUAUGUUUCAUCCAGGAUUUAUAGACAGUCUUGAAUUCUUGAAAAAUUGCAUUUCUUCCUCUUCAGGUGAAUAUAUAUGGCCUGAUCUAUCAGAAACUAUUAUUAAAGAGUGCCUCAAGAAAUCAGUUCCUAACACAAGUGCACAGUUGGAAAAGUAUCAAGAUGUCAUAAAAACCACUGAGGAAUUUGAGACAAAGCUUGUGUCUAUAGGUUUAGUCCCUGAAGGAACAAAUAAUCUCACAUCCUAUGUAAAGGAUGUUGGUAUUCACUUUGGAAACAAAAAGUGUCAAGAUCUUCUGGUCAGGGCACGUGAUCUGAUGAAGGAUGACAUUCACAAUACUGUGUUGGUGGACAGAAAGAAAGACAAGGCAGUUCUACAGAGUCUGGGUGAUAUAAAGAAAGCAUUAUCAGAUAACAAGAAAGGAGUAAAGCAUGAACCAUUGCAGAGAGAUCCAGCUAACACACUAAGCAAGUUUACAUUCUGCCUUCCAUCCUGCCGAAUCAGUGAGAGUACAGAGAAACUAAUGAAUCUGGCUUAUGAAACUUUGAUAGAAGCAACACAAUCUACCCCACAAUGUGCUAUUCAGCUCUUCUACAGUGUUCGUAACAUGUUUGAGUUAUACUGCAAUGUUGUACCCACUUAUCAUCAACAGCACUUGAGCAAAUUACCUCAGUUGUCUGCUCUGCAUCAUAACAACUGCAUGUACAUUGCUCAUCACCUUCUCACUCUUGGACAUCAGUUCAGAUCCAAGUUGCCAGAGCCUCUUAAUCAGAGCGUGGCUACUUUUGUGGAUCUGGUGCCAACCAUAAGACAUAUGGGAGAAAAAUGUUUCCUUGAACAACUGAGAAAGCAAAGGUCUAAUUUGUUGGAAGUUGUGCAGGGGAACAAAGGUUUUGCGAAUGUGCAUGAGGAUGAAAAAGGUUUGCAGGUUGAGAAAUCAAUGAAACAGAUUUUGCAUCUCCUAACAAAUCUUGGAAAAGUGUGGAACGGUAUUUUACCAGUUGAUAUUUAUUGUCAGGCCUUAGGAGCCUUAUUUGAUGACGUCUUACAAAACAUUGCUUCAGAAGUUACCCAGCUGGAGGAUAUUUCAGCAGAAGAGGCUCAUCAGCUUCAUUCAUUAUUAUCCAUACUUGUAGAGCGAGGGUCUGAAAUAUUCCAAAAUGUACAGGAAGCAAACUCAGAAUCAGCAGAAAACAGCUGGGAUUUAUGCACAGUUGUACCUCAUUGGAUUCGUUAUAAAGAGCUGAUAGCAAUAUUGGAAGCCAGUUUACAAGACAUUGUGGAUAGAUGGGCAGAUGGAAAGGGUCCCUUGGCACAUGAAUGUAGCGCUCAAGAGGUGAGAGGCUUGAUAAGGGCCCUGUUCCAGAACACUGACAGAAGAGCAGCAGUAUUGGCAAAGAUAAAGCCAGUACAAACAUAGUACAUUGGAAAUACUGUCACACAUUAGACGGUUACAAAUUCCCCCAAUGUUACAUAUCCCAGAGUCACUCAAAGCAUCACUCAUCCAUAGACAGUGUUCUGUCCUCUCUUAUUUGAAGCACAACUUUGAACAAAUGAGAAAUUUUCAAAACAGUUGAGCAAUCCUUUUACCAGUUAAAUUUCCAAGACUUCUUAGAGAUUUUAGGAAGUAAUAGGAGGUAUUACAUGCAGCAAACUUUACCUGUGACUGCCUGAAAGAGAACACUGCAGAGAGCAAGUGAGUGGAGUUAAUUAUCAGCUUUGUGUGGUUGAGGACUGUCAAUCCACCAGGAUCAUUAGAUCAAGGCUCUUCGGUUGGCCCAGGUGCCUGAGUUAAGCACCCCCUGCUGUUGAUAAAAGUAGCAGUCUGUUACAAUACGAAAAAUGUUAAGGGAGGCUUGGUGAUCUAUCAGCAUUGGCCUUGUACAGUUGGCAUUGUAUGAUUCUGCAUAGUGAUGAACCAAAUGAUUAUGAACUCAAGAUCACCUCUUGUGAUCGUUAUGUCGUUGUGUUUCUCUAAGUCUCCAAUAUACAAAAUGGGUCUGUUGCCUUACUCCAUGCUAAGUUUAAUAAUAAAAGGAAUAUUUAGCAUACACAAA